CAUGUCAGUUGGUCGCAUUGCAAAUGGCGGCACCUUGUUAUUGUUCAUGGCGUUUUAUGACUUGUCUCUUUAUAUUAGCGAUUAUGUCGAGUUUUUUCGCGAUUCCUGCCGCGCGCUGUGUGUUAAGAGUGAAGUAAGACUCGCGCGGUGUAUUUUAGGUUAAGACUAGUGUCCAGGUGGUGUGCCUCCGUGCUGUACGGACGCGAGAGAUCGCGCACGGAGUCGGAAAGAAAUGGGUAAGCAAGAUUAUUAGUGCUGGUGUGAUUUGGAGCUGUCGGUGUACAACUGACAGACAACAUCUCAUCAGACACAUAUUGGAGCAACACCCUGAGGCGUUCCUAGACUCCCUGGGUAGUUAUGUGAUUUGUGGUUGUCAUGGCGGCAGAUAGUGAUGGUGAUCUGAUUGAAACGGUGGUAACGUGUGAGGGCGACCUUGGAGACCCAGAGUUUCCGGAAAAGUUAGACACCAUUGUUGACAGUCUCAAAGCUUUACUUAGCAAAGAAAAAGGAGAAGAUUUGAAAGUGGACAAGGUAGAACCAUGGAACUCUGUCAGGGUAACAUUUUCGAUACCCAGAGAAGCUGCUCUACGACUUCGAGAGUUAGCAGCUCAGGGUUCUCCAACACUCACACAACUUGGUAUACUUUCUGUCCAAGUCGAAGGAGAUCAGGUAAUAUCUUUGAGGAUCGCCAGUCGUUUUGGAGGAGAUGCACAGGAGAUAGUGCUACAUUCGGGAACCGCGCAAGAUGGCGGAGCAAAGUCACAAGGCGACGCUACUAAUAAUACAGCCACUGCUGACACUAAUCCUUCAACAGCUUUGCCUGGUCCUAGUAACGCCACUACCAUUUCGUCAGCGCUACGUAAUGUCGCUCAGAUAAUAGCAGCUGGAACAUCUUCCGAGAAGACACCACAAUUUCGUUCUCCGAAUGUAGUCGCGCCCCCAGACGGUGAUCCUAUUCCACCGUUUCUCGCGAAAACAGUACAGUCGACAUCAGCGAGCAAUGUCGGUGUCUCAGGAAACCAACAAGUAGUUAAUCCCAGUGCAUCACCUAGAAGCAACUACAACGGCCCCUUCCCGUUCACUAGUAUGGCACACGCUGCCCAAGCCAUACACAAUCGUGAAUUGCAGACGACAACAAUCAAGAACACGAUGCAGUUCAAGCACCAUACGCAACCUCCACCCCCUUAUCCCACCCAGGAGAAUUUGGCGACAGUUACUGCACUGACGACCGGUCACACGACGACUCAACCGGUCGUUACCGUCGGACAGUUGACGAAUCAGUAUAAGUCCACGAUCGCUACAACAUCUAGUCUGUCACCAAACAACAGUACCAAUUUAGCAGGGAGCUCGAACGGCAGUGGGAAUCAAGUCGCUCUGUCCAGUCCGUUACUCGUGAAUCUUUUGCAAAAUGACGCCAGUUCACACGCGAACAACGUCGUACCUGGUCAGAAGAUGUUACCACCAGCUGUUAUAGACAGUUCUGGGCCUGCCAAUCGUUUGAGACCUACCAAAAAGCCCACGGUUAGAAGGAAAGAUCUUCCGUCACCCGGUGAAUCGCCACCAAACUUGGAUCCAUUGAGAAACGAGGAUUUAAUCGGCGGAACAACAACGUCGAUCAUUUCCGACUUACCUCAGGCUCCCACAACGUCAUCGGCAUUUGCGACUGUCAAUGUAAAUCAACCGUCGACAAUACCGCAACAACAUACAGUCAACGUGAUUGGUGGUACUGGUCAAAGCAUGAUGCCACCGCAACCGGUACAUCAAGUGCCGGCCGGUGGACAGAUGCAACAGCAGUCUACUGCUUUACACACACAUCAAGUACAAACGCAGCAGAAGUUUCCCCUUAGGCAAGAAUUGGCUUACCGGACUUCGCAGGUUCAGAUGCAGAAUCAGCUUCCCGCCAGGCACUCAGUGAAUGGACAACAAAUCAGAACGUCCUUGCAACAACGGCAGCUGCUACUUCAUCAGCAACAACAACAGCAGCAGCAGCAGCAACAACAACAACAACAACAACAACAGCUUCUUACGCAACAGCAACAGAUAAAUCAACAACAAAGUAUCCCACAGGUCUCGGCGACGCAGCAAGCUCUACUACAGCAACAGAAUACGAGCGCAACGUUGCAGACUACAUCUCUCGCUAAUCAGCCGCUUGUUCAGCAACAACCGAAUCAUCCGCAACUGCUACAGCAUUCGACAGUAGGCUUAGGCGUCCCGCAACAACGGCUAAGUUACUUAAACAGUCAACGUCAACAAACUCCACCGCCUUAUCCGAGGCAACCAGUUCCGCAACAAACGCAUUUAAGUCAACAGAAUCAGGCUCCGAAUAUACAACAACAAUUACAUCACAAUCAAGUGAAGAACAUCAACAUCAACACUAGCGCGACCACUGAUUUUCGUUAUGGGCAAAGCCAGAAUAUCCUCAGCAGAAAUUAUCAACCCCCUACCGGCAAUGCUAAUGGGACCACGUGGAACGCACAAAACAGUUCUAUUCCACAAGGUGCUCAAGUCAACACCACACGUCUGUCAGUCUCAAAUCAGGUUUCAGGUGCCUUUCCUCAAUGUGGGUCUCGUAUAAAUAAUUCUACUACUAGCAUUGCUCCACCUGUUAACAAAACAGAAUCUUCGGAGUCUCCGAAACCCGAGGAGACGCCCCCACCGGAGCCGGAAUAUACUUCGACGGGGAAAAUACGACAGUUUCUGAUUAAUCCUCUAACAGGACACUUAGAGCCAAUGCCCAGUGAAAGUUCAGAUUCAGAGCCGGAGAGUGCAGUAGAUCAUCAGGACGAUUUCUUCCCUUUUCCAUCUCCGUCGAACGACAGAUCAAAUUCCAUAUUCUCCGACGACGACGCGGACAGCAAUUUCUCGAGGCGAAACGACACGACGACGAACACGGAUCAGUCCGAUUCCGAGACAACGGUGAAGUCCACCGCUAGCGAAGGUAGUUUGAAGCACAGCCGUAUAAAGUCGGGCAGAGAAACCGCGCACAGCCCGAUGCCCGGGGAGAAAAUCAAACUGCGUUUGAAGUUGGAAAAAUCGGAGCCUGUCACGCCAGCUUAUAAAGUUGACGUCUCGUUCGUAAACACACCGCCCAUGAGGAAAGCUGACAAAUCCGUGAAUAAGAUUUUUACGACUGGUGUCCCAAGUUCGGGAACCGGUGAUGAGCCACUGCGAGUGCCUCCAUUACACAUUUCUUUAAGAGGACGUAACGCUUCAGUAGUACAAAGGAAGAAGGAGAAGAAGUCUCUGAAGGAAGGCGAAUGUGAUCUGACUAAAAGGAAAGGCAAAUUGAAGAAGAUGAAGGAGUGCAUUGAUCGGAACAAGUUGCUGCAGAAAAAGUCGCUGAGCAUGAUCAUAGGCACUUCAUCCGCAUCGAAAUUACCUUUAUCUCAUUCUACGGUGAUAAACAGCGCUAACACCGUUAGCAAAAUGAAUAACAUGCUGCAAGCCGCUGUAACCAAACCCAAUGCCUUAAAACAAGAGCUACCGGUGGACGCUGUACGUUUACAAACUAGUAUCAUUAAACCGAGUUCAAGUAAAAACAGCGACGUAGAUGAUAUACCACUGAACAGUAGAAUACCGUCUCCUUCGAAACAUAAAUCUGCGAUUACGAAUCAAUCUUUGAAUACUCCGCAAGCUUUAACGAAGAAUCAAGUGGACCUUGAUGUGCAAAACCACACGCAAGAACACAAGAUAGGAGGAGGCAAAACGAAAAGAAGGGAUUCUAAGAAGAAAUCAGACACCGGAGAUGGUUUACAUCGGGAACAAAAUCUAUUGUCGGGAGGUAGAAUUUUAGAUAAUCAAGCGAAGUGGAGAAAGCUUGGUUACAAAAGUGAUACUACCCAACCGGUGAAAAAGCCGGAAUCGCUUUUAAUUGGAAGUGAAUUUAACGCGGUCAAGAAGGUCGGCGAAGUCCGAAGGACGAGUGAUAGCGAUAUCAAUAAAUCGGCUAUCGAAAAAUCGAAUUCGCUGAGCAGUAUUGCUCCUAGAUUAACGGAGCUUAAUGGGGUGAAGAAAGAUUUAAUGAACCAAGAUAAAAGAAGACGAUUAAGCUUGAUGGAUGAAAAAGAUCUGCAUUUAGGAGAAUCUCCGAAUACAGAAGUUACACAUUUCAACAGUCAGAAGACAACCCCCGAGUGUCCCGCGGUAUCAAGCAUAAAAGCAAACACCAGUCUAUCCUUCGACAGCGAUUCUGGUUUAAAAUCGACGAAUACGUCGGUACCAAGUGAUUCCAGAACCCCACCUAACAAUCCGGAAAACAAGAUACCUGUGCACACGGAAGCAACAGCGAAAAAUUCCCAGCCUCCUAUAAAUAGGAUACUUCCCGUUAAGUGUAAAUCAGAUAUAGACAGUUACAAGGCCAACGCCAUCGCUACCGUGAAAAAUCAAAUCUUUGCUCAGAAAUUGAAGAAUCAUGCAAGAAUGCUCGUCAAGAGCGAUGCGAAUUCCGUGAUGAACAGGCAUAAUAAAACAAACGAAAACUUUGGUCAUAAAAAGUCUAUUCAGAUGAAUCAUGUUGUGAAGCAGAUCGAUAGACCAGUGAUGGAAAGCAAGAUGGAGAACACGUCGCAGAGGAUCAGUCUGUUGAAGACUACUCAGAGUUCGGUAAUGAGCAACUCAGUGGACCAAGUCUCCAGAACCCAGAAUGUCGAGGUGCCCGUGAACAAGCCAACCUUGCCGAUCGGCGAGAUCAAUGUGACAGAGGCAAAAGUUAAACAGAAAUUGCUUGAAAAUACGACUGUACCUAUCGGGCUAGGUACGGUCGACGCAAAUAUAGAGAGAGUCGGCAGCGGCGGAGGUGGCGAAGACUCGGGGAUCGAGUCGAUGGAUGCGCUUUCGGAGAAAUCACCAAACCAAGGAGAGUCUCCUCUGCAUAGGCCAGCGACCGAAUCAGUGACACAAAGCAGCGCCAAGAACGCAAUACAGGGGGAACCCGCCCUGUCAACCACCAAUAAGAACGUGCCUUCCUCAACUAGUAGUAGUGAUAUGUGUUCAAAUUCCCAUUCGGAACUUCUCAAGUCCAGUGGCCCACAAAGGUUAAGUCCUGUGUCUGUAGCGAGUUAUCUUGAAAAUCAGUUGAAUCGCAAUAUAUCAAACUCCGGUGAACACGACGCGACGAAGGGGAAUGUAUCUAGUGAGAAAUCGACGACAGUUACGAGAACUGGUGGUGAACAUAGUGAUUUGGUUGCUAGUUUAGAUGCGGCUAGUAAUGACAAAAGUGUGCCCAGUCCUUUGGUGACGGGAUCGGUGACUGUUGUGACAGCGUCUGUAACAAGCAGUAUGGAUAGUGAUAGUAGUUUAUUGCAAUGCGCGCAUCAGCAAGUGAAGGACUUUUCUGAUAAAGACAGUUCUAGCGUUAAAUUAGAGUGUACUAUUAACCAAAAUGAUCAGGGUAAGGCAAAUAGCACGAAGCACGAAGAGACGAGAGCUGUGGAAUGUAUAUCUGAGGACAGCACGAAAGCGGUUGUAGAAAGUAACAGUGCAAUUAGAUUAAGCGACGAACCUCACGGACAGAAUAAUAAUAAUGGUGUGCCUAUAAUACAAAAUCAUGUUGCUUAUAGUAAAGUUGAAACGGUAAAGCUCGAUAGUGUGCUCGCUAACAGUGCCGGCGUGGCGACGGAUAAUUCUUGUGCGAACGGCGAGAAUUGCAAUCCAGAAAUCAAAGUAGAAUCUAAAGUUAACGUAAAGGUGGACGAUACCAGGCAAGCUGACCGGUCCGAAAUUUCAAAAAACGGCAACGUUCCGCUGAGUACAACCACUCCCAUUAAGUUAGAGACGUGUACUGAACAAAACCAGAAAUGCAAUGUACAAAGUCACCAACAGAUCCCACUCAGAGAGCCCUCCGUGAAUCUGCAAAAAGUAGCGGACGACCUGGUGAAGAAGAUCGUUAACGACUCAAACGAGCUGAGCGUAGGUAUCCAGUCGCCACUCGGCGAGGAUCCGCAGCCCAUCAGAAUCACACCGCCCUUGUAUACAUACUCCAAUCCCGUGGUUCUGCAACGGGACGAGACUCCGAGUCCGGCUGCGCAGAAUCCCGAGGUGGACUCGAGUGAGGCGGAGUAUCUCAAGCGUAAACGUAGAAGAAAACAGGAGCUCGAGGGUCGGCAGGACGUCAUAUGUAUAGAGGACAAUGACGAGGGACAUUACGUGGAGAGGCUCAACUCCAACAAUCCGGAAGAGUAUAUCAAGAGACCACCGAAGUCGUUGCUGGAGCAGCUUCUGAUAGAGAUUCCGAAUGACAGCAAUGAGAAGAGGUCCCUGAGAACCAGAUCGCAAAAGUUGAACAGCCCGGACAUCGCGAAAACACCGAAAAGCAGCCCUCACGGCCCUAAUAAGUUAGAGGAACGUCGUAGUAUAUCGCCCUACGCGAAAGCAAGUCCGAAACUGGGAGUAUCGAAACUGUCUCCUAAUGCGACAAUAAAAAUAGGGAAACGGAAAAGGCAAGAGAGCGAGAGUUCCGUUGCGUCGAGCACAGCUGACGAUCCACAACCAAGACCAGGUAAACGGAAAUGCUCAGAGAAUGUUGCAGAACUUAUUAAAGCUUGCAUGGGUGUAGAAGAGGCUGGUUCUAUAAAGAAACAAGUACCUGGCAAGGAAGAGCAAUCAAAGAAGGGGUUCAACAUAUUGACAAAGGCUAAGAAAGGUCCCAUUGUGGUAGAAGUAGAUUCGUCUGAUGACGAACCGUUGAUUGAGUCGGUAGGAAAAGCAAGAAUACGAUUGUCAGAUGAAACAUCCGCUGCUUCCCCAAAGCCUAAAGAUCAAAAUAAUAGAGUGCAAAGAGAGAGCCGUUUAUUAACCACCAAGCAGCCGAGCACGACAACGGCGGCAACGGCGGCAGUUACUGUCGGGAAAGAGAGAUUGAGGGGCACUUCCGUGUCCAGCAACGAGUCCAUAGGCGAAGUAACAACAAGAAGGUCUGUACGGCAGAAUACAGCUUCACCAUUAGCUACACCAGCAAGCAAUACUAGGGGUGCGUCUAGAUCUUCGGAUGAUAUUAACAGAAGGAAAACUCGUAGUAGUGCUGCGGGAACAUUGUUUUAGUAACAGCAGAAACAGCAGAGCAAGCGAAACGGAGACGAAUAUCCCGAGAAAACAAAUGACCUUCAGGAAGUGACCUUGACAGUGAUUAGCUACCGUCGCUCGUCAAGGCCUAUCUGUCUAAUUAUAAAUGUGACAUGAAUGGGUAUUUGAUCGCCGUGUGGCUGGACUCCACCUGGUGAAACUGUAUGCGUCACUCUAGCGCACAACGUUGCUGUAUGUGUACCAGGAGUAUUGUGUCAAAAGAAGUGCUGGACGGUGUGAAAAUAUUUUAUGCUGUAACAUUUGUUGCCCAACCUUAAGUUAAUUAUGCGUGUGGUAAUACCUUCCAGUUUCUGUUCUUCUUUAUUCUUAAAGUUUGCUCUUUCUUUUUCUUCUUUCAUAGAAUGUAGAUCGUAAUUAGUAAGCAUUAUAUUGUUGCAACGUUUAAAAAGAGUUUUGUACAUUUAGCAAACAAUUAUCAAUUGUUAUGUUCUUAAAUGUUUAAGAAUAGCCAAUAACUAAACAAUAAAAUAAAAUGCAUCACUCGGUUUUCUUUUCACCGUCUAGCGUUCUCAUUCAUGCUGUACUCCUAAACAGCAAGGUUUAGUUACUCAGAUUUGACUUGCUCAAGCAUUAUGCUAUGAUCUAAGUAACUGAACUAACUCAAAACUGCCGAGACAUUGUAUGUAACUUUCUUUUACCAGCCCAAUGUUUCAUUCUAUUCGAAAGUACUAAAUUUCAUUAUUCGAUGUGCAAUUUUCUAAUGAUCGUAAGUAGAAAUUUUGAUUGCAAAGUAGCAUUUUUACCAAUGCGAUAAUUGCGGACUUGUGGAUAUUAGGUGUAAAAGAUAUAUAAAAUUAGCUUUAGUGGCAUCUAAGGAAAACGAAACUUAUACCAUUUGUGUUACGGAAAUUAUCUUCGCUUUUAUAAUCUCUUUCGUUCGUCGUAUCAGUACAAAAUAAGAAAGGUAAAAGAAAGUCCAAAUUUAAAACGUCAAACAUGAAUCCGACUGUACUGCCGUAAGUGAAAUAUGUAUAUUUGCCGUGGACAAAUUAACUAAUCGAUGGGAUUUAAAUCACUAUUCUGACGACUUUGCUGAUAGACUCUGUUUAGAUAUGUUCAAUUUAUAUUAUAUGUACAUGGUUUAUUUAUUAUAUAUCACUUAUUCUGAAAUUUUGCUAUAUA